CCAUUCUAUAUAAAUGACAGCAGAUGCUCAUUACUCGCGCUCUAAACUGUAACAGCAAACACACACACCGUAAGUUACUAUAGAGGAAGAUGAUUCUCCAUAUCUUCCUCAUCUUUGCUCUCCUUUCUUCUUCCUCUUAUGCUUUAGUGCAGGAUUACUGCGUCGGGGAUUUGUCAGGUCCUGAUGGCCCUGCAGGAUACGGUUGCAAGAAAACUGUCACGGUAAAUGAUUUUGUUUACUCUGGCCUGGCAGCUCCUGGUAAAAUCUUACCCCUUAUCAAAGCUGGUGUUACACCUGCAUUCGUCGACCAAUUCCCUGGUUUAAACGGGCUUGGAAUUUCUAUGGCUCGUUUAGACUUGCAACCUGGUGGAGUUAUUCCGAUGCAUACACAUCCUGCAGCUUCAGAAGUACUAACCGUAAUUUCAGGAUCAAUCUGCGCAGGGUUUAUUUCUUCAUCAGAUAAUAAAGUUUUCUUCAAAAAUCUUGAUAAGGGAGAUAUUAUGAUAUUCCCACAAGGAUUACUGCAUUUCCAAAUAAAUUCAGGAGGGAGUUCUGCUCUUGCAUUUGUAAGCUUCAGUAGUCCAAGACCAGGUCUUCAGAUUACGGAUUUCGCUCUUUUCGCUAACGAUUUGCCUUCCGAGUUGGUAGAGAAGACAACCUUCCUUGAUGAUGCUACAGUUAAGAAGCUUAAAGCUGUUCUUGGUGGAAAAAAUUGAGGUCACCGGAAAGGGUCUCUAGAGAUUGUCUUUCUUUAAUUUCUCACCUAUUCCUUUUGUUCUUCUUUGUCACUGAGAAGGGUUCUUCUAUCCAGUGACAGUUUGUGUCAGGUUUAAAUUAUAGCUAAUAAAAUGUCUACUCUAGGGAGUCUUUUUGUAUUGUAUUGUUUUAGUUGAGUUGGUUCUUGAUGAGAAUAUCGUAAGUGGAAAAGGCAACAUUCCUAUAUAAAGGCUAAUGCCUUCUUUGUCUUAGUAGAUGUGCAAUCUUAGACCAAUAAAUGCAAUUUCUUUCUUAUUUUUUUCUUUAA